AUGAAAACACUAGCAAUCUUAUCAUUGACUAGUCUGGUCUCUGCCGAAGCUGCUCCCUACGCUCAAUGUGGUGGAACUGGCUAUUCUGGCUCCACAACAUGUGUCUCUGGCUGGACUUGCCAAUAUCAGAAUGACUGGUUUAGCCAAUGCCUCGAAUAUUCUGGCAGUGGUACCACCACUCUAUCGGCAACGAUAAGUACAACUAAGUCGACGGCUACAACAAAGCUACUUUGCCGGUUCCAAUUCCUACUGGAUUGGCUUCCUCACUAA